UCCUUCAGCGGCAUCUGUCGGUAAAACGGCACUCCAUCGGGCGCUUUAUACGAACCAACCCGCCGCUGUUUUGUUUCCAGAUACCUCGAUCCAUCAUGGCGAUGCACGCGAAAGCGACUCCACCGCAGAUCCCGGACACCCGCCGGGAGCUCGCUGAGCUGGUGAAGAGGAAACAAGAGCUUGCUGAGACACUGGUGAAUUUGGAAAGACAAAUAUAUGCAUUUGAAGGCAGCUACCUAGAAGACACCCAGAUGUAUGGCAACAUCAUCAGAGGAUGGGACCGAUACCUCACCAACCAAAAGAACUCUAAUAGUAAGACUGAUAGGAGGAAUAGGAAAUUCAAGGAAGCAGAGCGUUUAUUCAGCAAGUCGUCUGUCACAUCAGUUGCAGCAGUGUGUGCACUUGGUGGGAUACCGGAUCACAUGAAUGAAAAGCGUGAGGCAGGCAGCGGCACAGAGAGUGACACCUCUCCAGAUCUCCAGAACCAAGAGAACGAGCCGAGUCAGGAGGACACGGAAGACGUGGACUCGACGUUGCAGGACCUAAAGCCUCAGAAGGCUGCCUCCUCUUCCUCCUCAGGCAGCCAUCACACGAGCCACAAAAAGAGGAAGAACAAAAACAGACACAGCCCUUCUGCCAUGUUUGAUUAUGACUUUGAGUUUGACAUGAAGGUGAACAAGAAACCGCGAGCUGAUUAUUCAACUUAAAAACUGGAAAA